AUGAAGGGAGAGGCCAUCGGCAGCUGCGAGGCGAUUCGGGCUGCGCACAACUCCUUCCGGCCAAACUUGUCUUUUGAAAUUCCCGAAAAGAAAAACAAAACUGAAAAAGAGGCUUUUCAUUUUGUCAGCUACGUGCCCCACAAAAACGCGGUUUACGAGCUCGACGGGCUCAAAGAA